UUUCCCUUCUGUUCAAACGGGUGAACUGAUUGUUUCAUUCACUUUGUCCACUCAAACAACAGGACUUUUCCCUGGACUUUAAGUCGACUUUGGAUUUACUUCGACAGAAAACUUCUGCUUCUGAAAAGUUGCGGUUACCUGCAUGGCUCGUCUUUCAGACUAAACUCGCGCUUAAAAAUACUAAACAGUGACUGCAGAGGAUCACGCAUGGCGGCACUUUGCUGCAAUGUUUUUCCACGCAGAUGAAUCUACUUGAAAAAUGCUGCUGAUCCUGCUCGGAGUGCUUAUUUUGCACUUAAUCAUCCUCAUUCUUCUCAUUGUGUCCACAGCAGCCAGUACCUGGUCUGUAGGUGGAGAUAGGAGCACAGAUCUAUGGUAUACCUGCAUGACAACUAAUGGAGGCUACCACUGCAAGCCAGCCAGCAGUGAAGACUGGAUCCAAGCAGUGCAAGCCCUGAUGAUUCUGUCCUUGCUCUUCUGCUUCUGCUCCCUCAUUGCCUUCUUGUAUCAGCUGUUCAAGCUGGUGAAGGGUGGACGUUUCUUCUUUACUGCCAUCUUCCAGAUCUUGGCGAGUGUGUUUGUGAUGUGUGGAGCAAUCAUCUACACUGUGAUGAGCCCAGAUGAUGGACCCGGUACACAAUUUGGCUAUGCCUACAUACUGGCCUGGGUGGCUUUCCCUCUCUGUCUCAUCAGUGGGCUCAUUUAUAUCGUCCUGAGGAAGAAAGAAUGAGAGUGGGAGCAGAGGAGACAAGAGGAGGGGUAGUAAGGAGACCCCUAAUCAUAACAUCGCACUGUGCCUACUGCCCACAGACCAUAGACUGUACAAUCCCAGCAAUACUGUAUUCCAGUAUCCAUUCUUCCACUCAACAUGCUGAAAGUAUCACAUCUUUUUGUUUUGUGAAUUUCAACAAAAACUCAUUUUCAUAACACCUCUUUAUACCGAUGACCGAGUGUUUUCUCAAUGUGUCAAGAAAUGUUUUGGUGACAUUGACUUCCCAACAUCCAUCCAUCAUGUGUGAUAAGACAAGCAAUCGUGCUUUGAUUCAGUACAAAGAUGUACAUAGUGUCUGUGGUUUUUAGACAUAUUUAUAACAUUUUUUACAUACAUUGUGUACAUAGUGUUGUCAAGUUAACAUUGUCAUGCUCCUUUAUGUGAUAGAGUGUGUCUCUCACAAAUCAUGCAGCUGUACCAAAGAGAUGUCGCUUCAACUUUUCUUUUAAUCAUUUUGCUUUUUUGUGUGUGUGUUAAAUGCUUUAAAUGAUGUGCCUUACUUAGAAUAUGUGUGUUUGCAUUGAAGGAAACAAGAAAAUAUCAGAAAAAAAACAACAAGUGUUAAUAAAUCCAUGAAGUUUUACUGAGUUAUCAUUGUAUUUGAUAGUCCAAAUAAAAUGUUUUGCAUUUUGUAACAUUAAAAAUGGUGCUUUAAAAAAAAAACCAAAAAAACAAAACAAACAAACAAACAAAAAAAAAAACAAAACAAA